AUGGCUAGUUAUGAUAAUAUGCAGCCUCCAUUUCCUGGUGGUCCUGGUGGGAUUCUUCAGCCUGCUGUGCCUGGUGGUGUUUCUCAUCCUAAACCUUCACAUCCCCAACCUGGUGGUGUUUCUCAUCCUGGUAUUCCUGGAGCUGUUAAUCCUCCUCAUCCUCGUCCUCCUGGUGGUGUUCUUCCCGGUGGUUCUCAUGGUGUUGGUAGAUCUCCUCUUCAGUCUCCUGUUGGUCCUCUUGCCGCACAACAUGGGCCUCAAUCGACCUUUGCUGCUCAUCGGGAUCCAAGUGCUAAUCCUGGUGUGUCUUGUCCUGGUGGUGUUCCUGGUAUGGUUGGUCCUGUUCCUGGUGCUAAAGGUUUCCCAAAGACAAUUCCCCCUCAGUUACUUCCUCAGCAUAAACCUGGUCCUGCAGUUAAACCUGCUGUUCCUGGUCCUGCUGGUGCUGUCGGUUCUCAUGAUGCUUAUGGUAUGCCUCUUUCACCUCAACUUAAUGGUGGUAAUAUUCUGCCAGGAGUUGGUGUUGGUCAACGUGUUGUGCCUCCUGUAUCUAAUAAGCAUGAGAAACAUCCUGACGAAUCUAAGAAUAUUACUAAAGGUGAUAAUGGUAAUGUUGUUACUGAGAAGGAAGAGGACAAGAUGACAAAAGUGGUGGAAGGAGAAUUGGGUGAAAGUUCACAAGGUCAUGAUCGUGGGAAUGAACGUCAACCAGAAACUGUCCUAUCUCUUGUUUCUCCUGUAAAAGAUCACAGUGGCGAUAAAACGGAUGUGGUGUCUGAACAAGCAAAGAAUACGCAGAAUCAGACGCUACCCAGUGAGUCAGUUCUGAUUGGUUCUGAGGGUCAACAAGAACAGAUAAAUAAAACUGCACAAGAUCCUCAACAAGAUGACCACAAUAAAGAACCAAAUACCACAGGUACAACAAGUACAGAAUCCCACGUUACUGUUGACUCAAAACCACAUCCUACUACAGAUGCAUCACCUAGUGAAAUAACUCAAUCUGGUCUAUCUACUGAUAAUUCAAACACACUAAACAACAAGAGCACGGAGCCCAACAGUACCACUGAUGAUGUGACAACUACAGAGAAUGAAUCAACAAAUGGUGUCAAUACUGUGGGUGCAUCAGCAGAUGGGAACACCACAACCAACACAAACUCUGUUAUUCUCAAUACCACCAAAAACCAGGGAUCAACCUCAACCACUACCAAUACAAUUUCUCCUAUAAAUGGAAUCAACAAUAGCAACAUAAUGCUAAAUGUAAAGGGUGAUGCAGACAGCAGCAGCAGUAUCAGCAGUUCUGUGUGGGUGCGUGUGCCACUACUGAUUGUGGUUACACUGGCCUGUAUUCUUGUGUGCUGA